UGAGGAUAAUGUUUGAUCUUUUACUAGUUGUAGUAAUUGUUAUGUGUUGGCGUCUACAAAACUAUGAUAUAACGUCUGCUUUUGCUGAGAACAUAACUUAAAGCCGUGCUCAAUUUGAUGGAUAUAUUUAUUUUCACGCGACCUUGCAUUCCAGACUGCGCUUCGCCGAACGGGGCCGUGGGCGGGCCGGGCCGUGGAAUUCAAGCCGGGGCACGCCGAGGCAACACGUCACGCUCGGCCUCACCUUGUGCUCGCAACCAGGAAACCCGCGCGUGCAGUCGGCCCGAUCUUAAAAUCAGCUCGUCGGCUGAAGGGUGGGUGGGGGUAUGAAAUGCGGAAAUAGUGGACAUUUUGGACGGGUAAAGGAGGAGUGGUGCCCCAAAUUUCGUACAGCAAAACGCUGCAGGUGGGAACGAGGUAACUGAUUAACGAACUCACUUGGUGUGGCCAAGUCGUCCCGUUGCAUGUUGCAGGUGAGUUUGUGCGCAGGUGUUUUCCGUGCGUGUCCAACGUGGUCGUCCGGGAAGACUUUGCCCCGUCUUGAGGUGCGCAAAGGUUGCUAGACACGCCCCCUCCGGGCUCGCUUCUGUCUUUCCGCAAGUUAGUUUUGAGAAUAAUUUGCGUAACCCCGUUGUGAGCAUGCAGUUAAAAGUACUUGCAGUGACUGAAAAUGUCAAGUUUUUGUCCAGCCUUGUUCUUAUCACUGAUGAUAAUAUUGUAAAAUAAUGUUGGGAACUCGGAAACAUAAAGUGCUAAACGGAACACCCGUGCCUUAUAAGUCUCGAAGACCUGGAGCAAUCAUAAUCUAAACUGUGGUUGACUUCAUCUGCGGAGGUUUUUAAAUGGACGAAGGAAAAUAAUAAUAACAAAAACAAAACAAAAAAAAAAAAUCAGAAAAAUAAGUCCAGAUAGCUUAAGAAUGUUCUCAAGUCCAGCAAGGUGGUAUCUGUACUCAUACCCGGUGCCACAAGAUCCGUAAAUAGGAAAGCAGGGCAAUCAACUGCUGCAUGUGGAGCCGACUUUAACCUGGGUCGGUAGUGGAAAUCACAGCGCAAAGACUGAAGUACGGCUAGAUGUUGCCCUAGAACGUCAUGUUGGAAACUCCGGAGCCGACCCAGGAGAUCGAGCACUGGCUCUUUAGCCUCCACCUCUCCCAGUACGUGUCCUAUUUCCAGUCCGGCGGCUACCGGUCUCUAGAGGACUGCGCGGACCUCACAGAUGAGCGUCUCAGAGAGCUCAACGUACUCCCGACGGGGCACCGCAGGCGCAUUCUUCGCAGUCUGGAGGCGCUGGGUGUAAAGAAGCAAAACCACGGAGAAGAAGCCCAGAAUCCGCCGUUGUAUCGGAGAACAGUCUUCCUGGAGGAAAACAAAAGAGGGCGUUCCUGUCAGCACUAUCGUCUAAAAGAAUGGCAGCCGUCGGAAUUAGAAGGGAGUCAGACUUUGCCUCCGGGAGCUGGCCUCGGAGUGCAGAUGGAAGAAGGUGGGCCACCGCAACCGGCCCAACGAGAGCCUGAGAAUGUCCCGGUGUCCGUGUUAGAAGAACUCUGCUCCCCUGCCUCCUCCUCCAGCAGCACAGAGUCACUGGCAACUUCUGAAAUCCCAGCAGACUGGGAGAUUUCCGCCAAUUUUGUGGAGUCCGCUGGUGACGUCCCGACCCUGGUCGAGGAGCAAGGGUCUUCCCGGUGCGACAUGGUGGAGAACGCCAUCUACAACGCACAGCCCACCGCCGCCGUCUCCAGAGGCCCACGGUUGACUCGCUCUUACCGCCUUAGGCACAGACCUGUACCUGACAUCCCACAACAAGACAGGCGGGCACCACCAUCGCAAACAAGCGGGCCCGAACAGCCAACCGUCUGCAGGGGUCCCUCCGGUGAGAGCGGCGCACAGAAAGCUCCACUUCACAGAACCUUGACGCCCAUCGCUCCCUACGGAGAGACCUUCCUGUACAACAGCGCUCAAAGCGUUCCGGACCGGGGGCCCAAAGAAGUGGCGCCGAAGGACAAGUUGAAAAAGAAGAAGCAGAGAUCCAAGGACACAGACUCCGCCCCUGUUCCGACGAUGCCCGACCCUUACAACGACGAAUACUCCACGGUGGAAGAGUGCGCCAGCCUUUUGCCCAGUUUGCCGCAAAAUGCGGCCUCCGCUCCCGUCUCUCGCUGCUCUUCCGUGCUCACGGUGAACUGCGACCUCUACUCCAAAUCUCUCGAGACCUCCGCAGACGGUCUGCCCGACAUUUCCCCGUACGCGUGCUUUUACGGCGCCCCGGGACCUCACGUGCUAAAAAUGGGCUGGCUGGAUAAGCUUUCACCUCAAGGGAAGCGGGUCUUUCAACGGCGCUGGGUGCGGUUCGACGGCGAGAGCCUGGCCUACUACAACAGCGACAAGGAAAUGUACUCCAAAGGGAUGAUUCUGGCCACCGCCAUCCGACAGGUCCGAGGUUUAGGUGACAACAAGUUUGAGGUGGUCACCUCUCUUCGCACCUUCAUAUUCCGAGCGGAGAAAGAAGGGGAGCGCCGCGAGUGGAUGGAAACCCUUCAGACGGUCGCGCGGCCCUCAGCCCGCGGCGCCCAGACGCGCCGCAGCCUGCGCCGCCGCUCCUCCACCAACAAGCGAGGCGUGCUGGAGGUGCGCGCCUACAAAGGCAAACUUCUGGUGUCCCUGGCGGGGAGCAAAGUCAGGCUGUGCAAAACAGAACAGGACUACGAGGGGGGCCUGGCCAUCUGUGAAGUGGAGCUGACGGCCGCCAACGUUCGAGACGCGGACCGAAGGCUUUUUGAAAUCAACACGCCCUUCAAGAACUUUUGCUUCGCGGCCGACUCGGAGCAGGAGAAGUUGGAGUGGAUCGAAGCCAUUCAGGAAUCCAUCGCCGAGACUCUGUGCGACUACGAGGUGGCCGACAAGAUCUGGUUCAACGAGGCCAACCGUAACUGCGCCGACUGCGGCGCCGCCCAGCCGGAGUGGGCGUCGGUCAACCUGGGCGUGGUCAUCUGUAAGAAGUGUGCGGGGCAGCACCGCUCGCUCGGACCCAACGUCUCCAAAGUGCGGAGCCUGAAACUGGACAGCAGCAUCUGGAGCAACGAGCUCGUGGAGCUCUUCUUGGACGUGGGCAACCAGAAAGCCAACGGUUUCUGGGCCGCCAAUCUCCCCCCGGAGGAAGAACUGCACGGCGGCGCUUCGGCCGAGCAGCGCGCCACCUUCGCCCGCAGGAAGUACCGGGAGAGGAAGUACCGACGUGUCCUCGCGGGACCUCACGACUUGGAGCAGCUCAACAAGGCGCUGAGCGCCGCCGUGGUGUCGCCCGACGUGCUGCGGACCAUGGAACUGGUGUUCAGCGGGGCAGAUGUUAUGUGCGCCACUGGGGACCCGACCUGCACCACGCCGUACCUCCUGGCCCAACGCGCCGGCCAAAGGCUGCAGAUGGAGUUCCUGCAUCAGAACAGGCUACUGGAUUUCCCGACAUUUGACCGGCGGUCGGAGAAGACCCCGUCCGAAGCGUCUCCCUUCAUGGACGGCUUCCUCUACAUCUCCCCGGGCCACGGCAGGACACCUCCGGAUCGCCGCAGAGGAGACGACACGGCGCGUCGCUGGUGCACGCUGGAAGGCGGCUUCCUGACGUACUACGAGAGCGCGCAGAGCCCGACGGCGGCGGGCCGGGUGGCCGUCGCCGACGUGGUCAGCCUGGCCAUCAGCAACGCCGAGAGGAUGACCGGAGCAGGGGCCGUGUUCACCGUGGAGGUGUACCUGCUGUCGGCGCGGUCGCUCGUCAUUGGCGCGGAGACGCAGGAAACGCGGCGUGAUUGGAUCCAGGCGCUGACCAAGUGCUUGGUGCCACCCAAGGCAGAAGAUCUGGUGCAGAAGGACAGCGAGCUCGUCGGCCGACUCCUCUACAAGGAGGGCCACGACCUGUACCACUGGAGGAUGGGCUGGUUCGUCCUGGCCGGCUCCGUCCUGCACUUCGGCUCGGGCGACGAGGACGGAGACCGGGCGGCGCUUCACCUCAAACAGCUGCAGGAGCUCACCGUCACCACCCACACCGAGGGCGAGGAGAAGAUCCAAGUGCUGCUGAUGGUGGAGAGCGGAAGAACCAUUUACAUCCACGGAUUCAACGCGGCCGACUUUGCGCUUUGGCGCUCGGCCAUCACGCAGGCCGCCGGCACCGACGGCAAAGCGCUCGGCGACCAGCAGCUCACGAAAAACGGCGUCCCCAUCGUCGUGGAGAGUUGCAUUGCGUUUGUCACUCAGUACGGUUUGUGCCAGGAGGGGGUCUACCAGCGGCCCGGAGAUCCCAACGGGGUGGCGCAGCUCCUGGAGGAGUUCACCCUGGACGCCCGUAAUGUCAAACUUCGGGACAAGGAGCACCAACUGGAGGAUGUGACGGACACGCUGAAGAUCUUCUUAUCGCAAGCGGAGGACGCCCUGUUGACCAAGGAGCUCUACCCUUACUGGGUUUCGGCUUUGGAUGAGGAGGUCGAGAGCCUGAGAGUAAAAAAGUACUCCACUUUUAUUGAAAGUUUGCCCAAAGCCAACAGGGCAACCCUUGAUGCGCUGCUCCAACACCUUUACAGGAUUCAGCUGUGCCGGCACCUCAACCGCAUGCCGAGUGACAAACUGGCCUCGGUCUUCUCCUCCUGCUUGUUCCAGACACAGGGACAAACGCCGCAGGAGAUCCGCGUGGUCCUCGACCUCAUCGACAACUACGUUACGCUCUUCAACGUCAAUGAAGAGCAGGUGCGACAGAUGGAGAGGGAGAAUAGUUUCAUCACGCGCUGGAAUGACAAAAAGGACACCACAUUCUCGCCAGCUGGGGACUUGAUCUUCGAGGUGUACCUGGAAAGGCGAGGGCCGGAGAAUUGCUGUUUAAUCAAGGUCUGGCCCAGCAUGCGCUCGGCGGAGCUCGCGGAGACGGCGCUGAACAUGCGGAACAUCCCCUACGACGGCGACGACGGCUGGACCGUAUUUGAAGUCAUCGAGAACGGAGAGUUGGAGCGGCCGUUGCACCACAGCGAGAAGAUCCUGGAGCAGGUCUUGGAAUGGAGCGCGCUGGACUACCCCAGUUCGGCCUUUCUGGUUCUGAAGAAGUUGGCGUUGGCCAAACGGGACGCGGGAGACAAAGUGGAUCCGACGCAGCUGGUGAAAGGCGAGCAUCUCAAGUUCAGCGACGGCUGCUCCAAGCUGCUCUCCGGGCACAAGUUCCAGGACCGCUACGUGGUGCUGCGGGCCCACAAGCUGCUGCUCUACAGAGAUAUCAAAACCACAAAAGCCGAGAAGAUGCUCCAUCUCAAGGCUGCAAAAUGUUACCUGGGCCUGAAGAAGAAGCUGAAGCCUCCGAGCAGCUGGGGCUUCACUGUCUACACGGAGAAACAGCAGUGGCAUUUCUGCUGCGACGAGAGAGAGACGCAGGUCGGCUGGGUGACGGACAUCAUCAGCGCGAAGUUCGGCUCUGGCCUCCGCUCGGACCCGGGGGACGGCGCAGUUCAUGCGCCCUCCAAAGGGGGAGCCGCGGCUGACGGUGGAAUGCGACUGCAGCUGAACUCCGCGUCACCCAGACAGAUGUCAGAGAGGAGAAUUUCCCUCGCCCUCAAGAGCGCCAGCCCCGACGGUCCGAAGCCCACGGGCCCGCGGCGCUGUUCAGUCAUGGACCCAUGCCAGCCCUGCCCGGGGGCCUCGCCCGCUUCCCGGCAAAGUAGCCUGCGGACCGCCGGCAAGAGGCCCAGCUGGGGGGGCGGGGAUGGAAAGAUGCCCCCGAAUCUGCUGAGCGAGUUGAGUUCUGUGCUGAGCAAGACGGGCCGCGGCGCCGAGUGACGACCGAGGAGAGGUACGGCGGAGGUGGGACGCGCAAAAGAUUAGUAGCGUCAGAUGCAGUGAAAGUACAAAUGGAUACAAAAUGGCUUCCGAGAUGUGGACAAAAUACCGAGACUUUUUCAAAGCACAAAGAACACGACGUCGUUCGAGACUUGACCUCUGUUUAUUCUUUGUUUCUUGUACAUUGUCUGAUUCAUGUCGCUCUCCAAAUAUGGAACUUUAUUCUUCAAAUAUCCCGACGUUAUUAUUUCAGAAAAAUCUCAAAUAUACGAAAUAGCCAUGUAUGUGCGUAUGCUCACUCCCAAAGAAAUCAUAUCUUUUUUUUUUUUUUUUUCACGGUUGUUAAUCGAGUACGCCAAAUAUUAACAGAGACCUCCAUUUUUGGCGUUUAUAAAUAGCUCCCGACGUGAAGCCGUGCCCUCUCCUGGCUGCCCGUCAUCCGCACAUUCCACCCUCUAAUCUAGGUUCUAUUAAUGUCUCGGUUGAUAUUUACGGCGCGCGGAGCCUUUUAGCCUGACACGGCUGUAAAGUAUACGUUCAAACCCGGCCGAAGCUUUAUCUAAUUAAAAGCCGAGCGCGACGGGAAUUCCGCUGGGAUCGAGUCUGUAAAAUCUGCCGGUCGGUCGGGGUCUCCACCCCCCCCGCCCACCGCCCGACAGUUCCACCAGCGGGAGCGAACCACCGUAGAGCGGAGAACGAAAUGGGGAAAAAUCGCACACCUUCCAAUUAAAGCACGCCGGAUAGAAUACGGACGGAGAUCAUUAUUUUUCCCGCCACUGGAAUUGUGGCCAGUCUCACAAAAUUGGUUGCCAUGAAAUAAAAUUCUCCGGAUUGAGCUCCAAACCAGCGAAGAUGAGUCUGAUUUUGUGUUAGAAAGUCUUUAUAGCUUUCUGGCUAAAAACAAAAAAACAGUAGCAAUGUUUUUAGCCAUGACUGACUGGGGAAAUAAAAGGCUCUUACUUUGAAGAGCUUUACUUUUGUUCACUAACAAAGUAUUGAUACCUGCUUCCUACUCGCCACUGUUGUUUGCUCAUAUUUUGGACCCGCCACCAAUGUUUUGCGUACCCUCAAGGACGCACUUUUGAAUUUGGCGUGCUCGAGUACUUUGCCGGCCUUAUUCCGAGUCCAUUAUUUAUUUAUCCGCUUUAAUCUGAGCCGCCGGUACCUCCGCGGCAACCUUCGUCUUCGGAUUGUUUGGCCUAAAUGAGGUUAUCAACAAGGCCGGGGCCGAGAAUUGUCACGUUGCGAGGGGGUGGUGGUGAAAAAUAAACAUUUGCUCGUUAAAGAUUCAUGCCGCUUGCCCGAGUUGAGUUUUGUGCCCUUGUCGUGUUCGGCAAAGUCGCCGAGCACGCCGGCCGCCAAUCAAACAGCUUGAUUAUUAUUUCAUAAAAGUCAUUUUUCGAGUUGCGCCGCAUCGACAUGAACUCCGGCGUCCCCGACUGGGAAUGCUUCACUUUAUUCAUUUAUUUUUUUUCUGUGACAAUAUGGUGAAUCAAAUUUUAGGGCCAGCCCAAAAAUAAAAUUGUAUAGUUGCGGGGGGGGGGGGGGGGGAGAGGAGGUCAAGAUCAGUUGUAAUACAAGAAUAAUGUUACACAGUUUGGAUUUUGGAAUAUUGCAAAGCCAAUCUCAGUCAUUUUUAUACAUUUCCAAUCUUGAACAUUUACAACAUUAUGUCCGAAAUAUCCGACUUUAUUUGCAUGAAUUUUCUGAAUGUUUUUUUUCCCGAUUGUUUGCAGCCCGGCCUGCCUUCGCACUUUGGCACCGAUUUUUCAGGUGGAAUCGCAAGAUCAAAUUUGCAAUGUCGACGCGUCCGUCUUGUGUAUUUUUUUUUUUCCCCCUUCAUCCCGAUGAAUAUUUGAUCGGCCUUGAUUACAUAUUGGUUUGCUUCAAUCCGGGCUGCAUAAUGAAGGGUGAGGAGGCCGCUUGAAAAAAAUCUCAUUCCGCCGAAGCACAACCGACUCCCAUUGAAUGUUAUUGACACCCCCCCCCCCACGCCACAGCAUAAACCCCCCCCCCCCCCUCCUUUGGGACCCUCAGGCUGCUCUUAGCUUUUAAUCAAAGUUAACUAAAUGAGUAAAAAUGUCGAGAUCCUUGGCCGCCGCACAUAAAACAAAUGAAAGCCCAAGAUGGUUGGUCAGGGUUAGUUUCGUUUAUGAUCAAUCAUAUAAAGCAGAGUGCUAAUCACGUAAAAAUGAGCCAAUAAGAAUCACAAUAUAUACAGUGAAGUAUUUGACAAGCGGAGGUCACGGUUGUUCUCGUAGUAACUUUGACACGUCCAGGCACCCGUUUCGAGCACUUCCUUCUGGUCCAAUGAUGGUACAUGUGCAUUCUUGCCAUGGAUAAAAACUUUCUUUUUUUUCUUUUUUUUUUGUUUUUUUUACCCAUGGCUUUUCGUCUUCUUUUCCUUUCGGCUUGUCCCGUCAGGGGUCGCCACAGCGUGUCAUCCUUUUCCAUCUAAGCCUUCCUCUCUCUCCUCAUGUCGUCCCUCACCACAUCCAUCAACCUUUUCUUUGGUCUCCCUUUCGCUCUUUUGCCUUAAAAAAAAAAAAAAAAAAAAAAAAAAAGUUUAAGUCCGAUUUUAUGUCUGACAGAAAAAAAAGUUACUUUUCAUACAAUCCAAAAUGUUUUUGAGCGUGGCUGUCAAUAGAACUUACUCGCGACGUAACUACGAUGCCGCUCCUGUAUAACGUGGCAAAAAUGCUCUUUCAAUGUUUCUGUAACGGCUGACAAGCGCAAACUCUGAUUUAUGUCAGAUUUUUGAUGUGGAUUUUCGCAACGCGAAGCAAUCAGCGAGCGUGCCGUCGCUUGCUUGGGAUGGAAGCGCUCGAUUGUUUUCCAGUCACUUUCAUUUGCAGUCGUCGGUGGUGAUUAAAGCGAGGAUCCGGGCUUUGUUCUCAGUCGCUAAUUCCUCUCUUUUGUUCUCCUGGAGAAGAAAAAAAAAAACCCAACCAAAACAUCAAAAAGUCACCUUUUGUUUUCGCUCCGAGUGUUUGACUGGAAUCAAACCGUUCCUUGCGGCCGUCCUUGGAUUCAUCGAGUCUUUCUCAAAGCGCUUUCUCUCUCUCUCUCUCUCUCUCUCUCUCUGCUUAAUUAUCAUUAAUCGGGCCUUGUUUGUUGCGAGCGUGCUAUUUGGGUCAUGAAUGAAAGAGGGACUGUCCUGAUUUCUGAGCGGCGUCAAGUUCUUGUUUUCCUCUUGGUUUAACAGACACAUUGUCGAAAUUUUGGCAUAUCGCGUAAAAGCUCGGCUGUGAGCUCAUUUUACGAUGUUCCGCUUCAAAAUGGCUUUCACUCUCGAUCCGCUGUCAGGUCCGUAAGAAGACACAAAAGUCCAUCAAAGUCAGGAAAGUCGUCAUUCUGGUCAAGGAAGCAGACGACAGAAUGUAAAGAAUUGUAUAUUUGUUACAGCAUGUUUUGCCUUAGUUCAAUGGACAUUGUGCUGCUCCUUCCGGUGUUGAUGAUGUUCAACCCAAAUAUGAUGAUUAAGCACACCUGUUUUCUCCCAACAAUAGAAAGUCGUGGAAGAAAUACGGGGAGGUAAUAAAGGGUUUAUUACACGGCAGCAUGCGAUGAUCUAGUCCAACCUGUGCGACGAAUAAAGCAGCCGCCGACUUUUUAGUGCCCGCACAGCAUCGUUGGAAUGAGCGACGGUAAGUCUGCAAGUCUCAGCCGGCCGAUGGCUAUUUCAUUAAUAUUGCAGCUAAAGACAAAAAUGAUGCGGGGGUUGAAGAGUGAAAUAAAAUGGCAAUAAAAAACGCUCCGGCUUUAUUGCCGUCGGUAAAUUGGAAGAUGACAACGCCGUCCGUGGUCUUUUUUUUUUUUACGGAAUUUUGUGCACCUGCGCCAGUGUUGCCGCGAUUUCAAUGCGGGAAAACAAAUCCCGCCCGCGGAUUAGCAGGCCCCCUCGGGCGCCCCUCGUCACUCCUACGCAAACUCCCGUCGCCGAGCGCGCUUUUUUUUUUUUUUGUUGGGUUUUUUUUUUUUUUGCUUAUUUCCUCUCCCGGUGUUGUGUUCAUUUCACCUGCUCGCUCAGUCUUCUUUGUUUCGGUCGACGGGGAGAAACCCCGCCGCAUCCAACUGCGAGUACGCCGUGUUCCAAAUCAUUAAGCAUAUGCUGUUUUUGUUCAUUUGCCCGCGUCGUGCAACGCAAUGGAGAGCGACGACACGACGCGUGAUCAACAGUUAUGCAAUGAACGGAAAGGCCGUUAAUCCUUUCCUUUGCCCCAAAACCUAUUGAAAUGUUAUUUUUCUUCCAGCAACAUCGCACUCUAUUACUAAUGUGCUUUAUAAAAACAAUCUGUACAGUACAGACGUCUCCCUCCGCUCCUUUCAGCUCAGCUCAUUUCCUUGCAGAGGAUAAAGAAUACAUGACUGUGAGUACUCUUAUGUUUCAUCUAAAUGUCUUACUGCACUGUUGGUUCAAAGAUCA